ACAAAACUUAACUUACAUGUUGCAAAGGAUUCCUUUUAUCGCACCAUUCGUAAAACUCCAGGAAUCAUGAGGAUAUCCCAAGUUUCCUCUUCGUUGGCGAAUGAAGGUUUCUCGUCUCCCGUGUGAUUUGUGAAUCGUGCUUGGACAAGACUUGGGUCUGUUUAUUGUGAUAAUUUAAAGAGGUCCUGCACCGACCUGGUGUCACUCAGGGAGUCAGCUUUAGAAUAAAAGUGCGUUUUCGAGACAUUGUCCUCUCAGGAGGAUCAGUAUUGGGAGGGUUGAUAAGUGAAUUGAGACCAUUGAUCAGGUUGGAGGACACAUGAGCAACAUCAAUAACAACAACACCACCAACAACAACAGCAACAUUCUGCUUCUGCCCUUCCCCUGAGAGCAUCAUCAUGGCCGACAAUACGGACAAUGAGAACACGUUCCAAGGCUUGGAGAUCUUAGAUUACAUCGUAAUCGUGGCAUACUUUCUCUUCGUCCUGGGAGUGGGAUUAUUUGUCUCGUACCGAAGUAAUCGAUCAUCGCUCUCGGGAUAUUUCUUGUCUUCCAGGAGCAUGCAUUUCAUACCGGUUGGAGCCUCUUUGUUUGCCAGUAACAUUGGAUCCGGUCACUUCAUUGGUUUGGCCGGUUCUGGCGCGGCAUCCGGAAUUGGAGUGGCGGCCUUUGAAUUCACGGCCAUUUACUUCUUGAUGAUGCUGGGUUGGUUGUUUGUUCCGGUUUACAUGGCUUCUGGAGUGUAUACAAUGCCCGAAUACUUAAAGAAGCGCUUUGGUGGUGAGAGGAUCCGAAUAUAUCUCUCAGUGCUAGCUCUUUUAUUGUACAUCUUUACUAAGAUUUCUGCUGACCUGUUUGCUGGUGCUCUGUUCAUCACUCAAGCCACACAAAUCGAAGGAGAUUAUGCCAUCUACAUAUCAAUCUUAAUCUUAUUGGCCAUUGCAUGUCUUUUUACGAUCGCCGGGGGGCUCUCUGCUGUGAUCUGGACAGAUUUUGUUCAGACUGUUUUAAUGAUUAUUGGCGCUUUCAUCCUCUGUGGAAUUGGGUUCCAAGAAACUGGUGGCUAUAACCAAAUGGUGGAAAGCUUCUUCAAAGCGGUGGCCCAAAACCGAUCACAUUCCGACCCCAACGACUCUUCCAGUGAGCUUUGUGGUGGCGUGCCCGACAACGCUAUGCACCUAGUUCGGGGCGUGGACACCGACCUUCCUUGGACCGGCAUGCUCUUCGGUCUGGCCAUCAACUCGAUUUGGUAUUGGUGUUCGGACCAAGUCAUCGUACAAAGGUCAUUAGCCAGUAAAGAUAUGAUUCACGCCAAGGCGGGGACCAUCCUGGCUGGAUACCUGAAGCUUUUGCCCUUGUGGAUCAUGGUGUUUCCCGGGAUGGCCGCCAGGGUACUUUUCCCUAAUUCUGUGGCAUGUGCCUCCCCAGACGCUUGCUUCGACGUCUGCAAGUCAAGAGCUGGCUGCACAAACAUCGCCUUUAUCAAACUGGUGAACGAGAGAAUGCCCAUGGGACUACGUGGGCUAAUGCUAGCGGUCAUGAUGGCUGCCCUCAUGUCCAGCUUAACCUCGAUUUUCAACUCGUCCUCGACCAUUUUCACCAUGGACAUCUACACAAGAUUCAGGAAAAAAGCCUCCGAAUUCGAGCUUCUCAUGGCCGGACGAGUUUUCGUCCUGGUCUUGGUGGUGAUCAGCAUCAUUUGGAUCCCGAUCAUCAACGCUUCUCAGGGAUCCCAAUUGUUCGUGUACAUUCAAUCCAUUACCAGCUAUCUGGCCCCUCCUAUUUGCGCGAUAUAUCUCCUGGCCAUGUUCUGGCCCAGAUGCAAUGAACCCGGGGCCUUUGCCGGUCUCAUGGUGGGGCUGAUUGUGGGCCUGAUCCGGUUUGGGCUUGAAUUUGGCUACGCCAUUCCUCCUUGUGGGUCAGGUGAGGCCAAGCCACCUCAAUGGUGGUACGAUAUCAUCUUUAGCAUCCACUAUCUGCAUUUCGGCAUCAUCUUGUGGGGAAUCACGGGCAUUGUCACCAUUGUCGUGACGUUAUUGACGGAUCCCAUCCCCGAGAAGCAUUUGUACCGACUCACGUUUUGGAGUCGACAUUCGGACAAGGUUCGAAUUGAUUUGGACUCUGAGGAGGUUGAGCCUCCCGCUCAAGAGCAGGAAGAUGUUCAGUCACUAAAGGCCUUAACAUCCCACGUUGAAGAUGUUAGUUUCGUACGGAAAUGUGUGAACUUCCUUUGUGGCAUUGAUAACAAAGAUAAGUCAGAGGAACCCCAAGAGGACCAAAUGGCUAUCGCUGAGUUGACGCCCGAACAGAAGGCAACAGAAGCAGCCUUGUUUCUGAAAGAAGAACCAUUUUGGAAGAGGAUUGUGAAUUUGAACGCGGUCCUCAUCAUGGCCAUAACUGCUUUCAUCAUCGGAUUCUAUGCCUGAUUUUCAUCGUCGAAUGGGUUCAUAUCAUAUCAAAGAAUACACUUCCAAAUGCAAUAGAGUAAUCAAAAUAAAAGCAAUAAUAAUUGAUGGUCGAA